AUGAGCUUCCUUUUUGCUUUGCAGUGGGAAGUCUAGAGCCCCGAAUUGAGGUCCUGAUUAACCGCAUUAAUGAGGUUCAGCAAGCAAAAAAGAAAGCCAGUGAGGAGCUUGGAGAGGCCCAGACUGUGUGGGAUACCCUGCAGAAGGAAGUGGACUCAUUACACGAAGAGAAAGUACGUCUGAAGGAUAUCUUGAACAGAAAGGAAGAGACCCUGAGGAUUAUGCAGCUGCACUGCCAGGAGAAGGAAAGUGAGGCAGAGAGGAAGCACAGCAUGUUGCAGGAAUGUAAAGACAGAAUUUCUUUCCUGAACAAUCAGAUCGACAAUGAGAAGGCCAAACUAAGACGACUGAGGUUGGAUUUUGAAGAACAUCUGGAGACUUUGAUGAGUCAACAUAAGGACACCAUGGAAUUUCAUAAGCCUGAACAUCUGACAGAGGAGAUGAGUGUUUUGGACAGCAGCAAGGAGCAGCUGCUCAAGGAAGAGAAACUGAUCAAGGCAAAGCUGGAGGAUGUGCAGCAUCGGCUGUGUGCCCUGUGUGGGCCUGAGGGUUCUUCCACCUUCUCUGAUGGACUCUUCCUCCGAAGCCAUGAGGCAGCUGCAGCAAUGCAGAUGUUCAAGGACGAGAACAAGAAGGCCGAGGAGCUCCUUGAGGCUGCAGCGCAGCAGCACCAGCAGCUGCAGCAGAGGUGCCGCCAGCUGCAGCAGAAGCGGCAGAGGCUGAGAGAAGAGCUGGAAAAGCAUGGGGUACAGAUCCUUGCUCAAAUUCAGAGUACGCAAAAGGAAGAGGACAGCUCGUGGAGGACGGUAAACCUGGGAGCAGAAGGGAGAGGAAGAAGGUGGUUUCUCAGAGUAUAGUCUGUGCAAAAGGGCACUCCUACUGCAGGAGGCACAGCCGAGGCAGAGGUGUAAACUUAGGGUAGCAUUGGUACAGGAAGGUGGAAGGGGGUGGUAGGAGCAGGGAAAAAAUGCCUGGGCCUUUACCUCCUACAGGCCAGUCCUAAACCCUUAGAAGCCCACAAGGAGACCGUCCAAGAGCGCCCAUCAAGCAGGACCUAACCUCCUCGGCCUGGAGGACACACUAGCUCCAAACAUCACAAGGGGAUGUUUUGUGUAGCCUGCUUCAUUGGAGUAUGUGCUGGGUGGAAGGAUGGGUGUUGGUGCCAAGCUCCUCAAGUCUUUGAACCUGGAGAUUUCUUGGCUCAAUUUUGAUUCUCGACUAGCUUAGGGUCCACACUGCAGGCCCUUAAUAAAUGUUUUCCCUGUCUCCUGCUCACCAUUAGUAUCUGUCACACUCUUCCUACUCUUAGACAGAAGGGUACAGAUCUGGACCUUCUCAUAGGAUCUGAAGCCACUUUGUAAUUUAGUUCCCUCAUGUAGGCCCAAUGUAGCACAGACUUUGAAACAAAAGGAAGAUAUAUCACCAGCUUUUAAUUCUUGCUAUAAACCAUCUCAUUCUUCAAGCAAAAUAAAUAUAAUUUGAGUCUGCAUGUGGUCUAUAUUGUUUGUGAACAAUCCCAAACGGUUGCCAGGAACAUCCUAAACUAAAAAUGCUCUUUUGUUUGGGGAGGAC